AUGGCACCUGGAAAGAAGAGUUCCUCCACAAAGGCUACCAAACAUCAUGAUGAAUCAUCACUUUCAUUGGUCAAUGUUGAUGCUGAUCAAUCUCAAACUCUAUCCGUUGCACCCAUUGUAUCUUCUUACAACGAGAAGAUACGUCCGGUUCUCGACGCUCUUGAAAAUCUAAGGCGCCUAAACAUUUCUAGAGAAGGAAUUCAGCUUCCAACCAUUGUUGUGGUUGGAGACCAGUCUUCUGGAAAAUCAAGUGUCCUUGAAUCUCUUGCCGGUAUCAGCUUGCCCCGUGGCCAGGGAAUCUGCACUAGGGUACCCUUGAUUAUGCGCCUUCAGAAUCAUCCACUUCCACAGCCAAAGCUCAUAUUAGAGUAUAAUGGCAAGAAUGUUUCAACUGAUGAGGCUAAUGUUUCUCAUGCAAUUAAUACUGCUACUGAAGAGCUUGCCGGAACUGCUAAAGGGAUUUCUAACACACCACUGACUUUGAUUGUGAAGAAGAAUGGUGUUCCUGAUCUUACCAUGGUUGAUCUUCCUGGAAUAACUCGUGUACCGGUUCAUGGUCAACCGGAUAACAUCUAUGAUCAGAUUAAGGAUAUCAUCAUGGAGUAUAUAACUCCAGAAGAAAGCAUUAUCUUGAAUGUUCUCUCUGCUACGGUCGAUUUUACAACUUGUGAGUCUAUUAGGAUGUCACAAACUGUGGACAAAACUGGUCUGAGGACACUUGCUGUUGUCACAAAGGCUGAUAAGUCUCCAGAAGGUUUGUUGGAGAAAGUUACAGCGGAUGAUGUUAACAUAGGUCUUGGUUAUGUUUGUGUAAGGAAUAGGAUCGGCGAUGAGUCUUAUGAAGUUGCCAGAGAUGAAGAGAUGAAGUUGUUUGAGUCUCAUUCUCUUCUGUCCAAAAUAGACAAGUCUAUUGUUGGAAUUCCAAUAUUGGCUCAGAAGCUUGUUCAUGUGCAAGCCCAGAUUAUAUCCAAAACCUUGCCUGAAAUCAUUAAGAAGAUUAACGAGAAGCUCGGUAAUAGUUUAAAAGAGUUGGAAAAUUUACCUGCUAAUUUGUCUUCAAUGGGUGAUGUCAUGGCUACUUUUAUGCAAGUUAUUGCUCUGUCAAGAGAUUCUCUUCGAAAGAUUCUUCUGAAUGGUGAUUUUGAAGAAUACUCUGAGCAAAAGGAAAUGCAUUGUACUGCUAGGUUAGUGGAAAUGCUAAAUUCCUAUGCUAGUGAACUUGAAAACUGUUCAGAAAGUAAUCCAAGUAAGGACUUUCUAAUGGACGAGAUAAAAGUUCUCGAAGAAGCAAAGAUUAUUGGUCUUCCCAACUUCAUGCCAAGAACAGCAUUUCUUACUUUACUUUCCAAAAAAGUUAAAGGCAUUUCUUAUAUGCCAAUCAAUUUUGUUGACAGUGUGUGGAAUUAUUUGGAAACUGUUGUUAUUUCUGUUCUGAAUAGCCACUCUUCCAAUUAUUAUCAGCUUCAGGUAUCAAUUCGUAGAGCUGCGGAGAUUUUGAUUGCGAAGAAGAAGAAGAGUUCAACUCAACAUGUUCAGCAAGCUGUUCAAAUGGAAAAGCACACUGAUUACACAUGUAAUCCUGAGUACUUGCAAGAGUAUAACAAGCUGAUGUCACAUCAAGAGGCUUUUUUGAAAGAGGUUAUGAAUGUUAAUCGUGAAGGAAAUACUGUGAAACUGGAAGGUGUUGGUGAGAUUGAUGUUGUUAAACUGAUGAAAUAUCCUGACAUGUUAACUCUGGUGCAGGCCUAUGACUUGAAGGCCAGAUUGAUAGCUUAUUGGAAGAUUGUUUUGCGGAGGCUAAUUGAUGUUAUAGCUUUGCAUUUGAUGUUAAGCAUCAAUGAACUUAUUAGCAAUGAUUUGAAUAAGGAGAUAUGCCAUGAACUGUUAAAUCCGUCUGGUGGUGGUGUCGAGCGUUUGCUCGAGGAGUCUCCUUCGAUAUCUGGGAAGAGAGAACGUCUGAGCAGGAGUGUGAAGGUACUUAGAGAAAGCAAGGAUACUGUGGCCAACAUCAUGGACAGGAUUGGUGUUUAUGGUGAUAACUAG